AUGCUGGCGCUGCUGUGGCUGACCCUGGUGACAGCGGUGACACGCGGGGGGGGGCACGGGGGGGCUCUCACCUUCCUGGCGCUGGGGGACUGGGGGGGGCUCCCCGAGCCCCCCUUCGUGACCCCGCGCGAGGUGGCCACGGCCGCCGCCAUGGGCCAGGCGGCCACCGAGAUGGGCGGCGACUUCGUGCUGGCCCUCGGCGACAACUUCUACUACUCGGGGGUGCGGGAUGAGUGGGACCCGCGCUUCCAGGACACCUUCGAGCGGGUGUUCGUGUCCCCGGGGCUCCGCGGUGUCCCCUGGUACGUGAUGGCCGGGAACCACGACCACGCGGGCAAUGUCACCGCGCAGCUGCGCUACAGCCACCACUCGCCACGCUGGCACUUCCCGCACCCCUACUACAGCCUGCGGCUGCACGUGCCCGGCUCCAACGCCUCAGCGCGGCUGCUGGUGCUGGACACGGUGCUGCUCUGCGGCCACACCGACGAUUUCGGCCUCGGGGACGUCCCCGCGGGGCCCCGGGACGCGGCGGCGGCCGGGGCUCACCUGGCCUGGCUGCGGGCGCAGCUGGAGGCAGCGGCCGGCGACAGCUUCGUGCUGGUGGCCGGUCACUACCCGGUGUGGUCGGUGGCCAAGCACGGCCCCACGCCGUGCCUGCUGCGGCUGCUGCGGCCGCUGCUGCGGCGCCACCGCGUCACGGCCUACCUGUGCGGCCACGACCACAACCUGCAGUACCUGGAGGAGGGGGGCGUGGGCUACGUCCUGAGCGGCGCCGGGAAUUUCAUGGAGGAUUCGCGGCCCCACGAGGGCUCCGUCCCCCCCGGCUCCCUCCGGUUCUUUUUCGGGAGCCCCGCCAGCCCCGGCGGCUUCGCCCACCUGCGCCUGGAGCCCAGCGCUGUCACUGUCACCUUCCUGGAGGCCACCGGGCGCGUCCUGCACCGCGUGACGCUGCCCCCCCCGCCACCUCUGACCCCCGGGGACGGCGGGGACACUGGGACCCCAACACUGGGGGACACUGGGGGCACUGGGAGCCCUUCCCCGGGGGUACUGGGGACACUUGGGGACACUGGGAGCCCUCUGAAUCCCCCCAGGAGACGCUGGGGACAAUCGGGACACUGGGACCACUGGUUUUGGGGACACUCCGCGAUCUCUGACCCUUUGUGGGACACCGGGGAUCAAACACUGACCAAUGACCGUGGGGAGACCCCCAUGACCCCUGACCUGGGGGACCCCCGUGACCUGGGGGACACUGAAGACACUGACCCCUGGCCUGGGGGGACACUGACGCCCGCCUGGGUUGCCCCCAUGACGAAUGACCCCCAAUAAACCCUUUGAACGGCGCCGCCA